GGUUUGCUUUUUUGCCGUGGCUGCCAGUCUCAAGCCAUCUGUUUCUGCCGUUGCCGGGCACCGACGAGCACCGGGAAACUCGGAAACGAAACGGGACCGGUAAGGCAAAGCGUCUUCGUUUCUGAGUGUAGACAUGUGAAGAAGACUGCCGAGUGCAAAAAGUUUUCACGGGACUGAACUGACUUAAUGAUGCGGGAUUUUCAGGUAUGAAACGUCCGUUCAGCCCGUCGUUGCUGCCAACAAUCGAGCUGGACAAAAGGACCGGCAGCACUGAGCUGGUAGUGCAAAUGGACAGCGAGCUUUCCUGCAGCAUAGGGGAUGAGGGCGUACGACCAGAUGAGCAAUCACCAGGGGGCGCCUUGCAUUCUACGCUCUGCAGACCAAAAAGGGAGAGGAAGCAACGAAGCUACACAUUGUGUGAUGUGUGCAACAUACAGCUGAAUUCAGCUGCACAGGCCCAGAUUCACUACAAUGGCAAAUCCCACCAAAAGAGACUCAAGCAAGUCAGCAAUGGCAAGAUACCAAACAACGCAGGUACAUCGGCCCAGGGCAGCCCGCUUCUGGCUUCCCUCCCCGUCCCAGGACGACCUCUGCAGCCUCAGCUCGACCUCAAACACCUCCUGCCCUUCAGACUCAAUGGAUCCUCCCCACUUAGCCUGUUCCCUAACUUUAAUACGAUGGACCCUGUCCAGAAGGCUGUGAUCAACCACACUUUUGGUGUUCCACAGCCACUCAAGAAGAAACAGAUUAUCUCCUGCAACAUUUGCCACCUGCGCUUUAACUCGACGAACCAAGCAGAGGCCCACUAUAAAGGUCACAAGCACGCGCGUAAACUCAAAGCCAUGGAGGCCCAGAAAAACAGGCAGCGACGAGCUGGGGAGUCCUCAUCCACAGGGCGAGAGCGAGACCGAGACAGAGACCGGGAACGAGAGCGGGACAUAAGCAAGACAUCUACAUCUGAGGCAGCCCUUCCCACACUUAUGGAUACUUGCUUAGAGGAGGGAACAAGUCUUCAGUCUGAUCUAGAAUCAGCCAACCUGGAGGUGAAGCCCGAGGAGAAUCCCAAGAGCUCGGUUAUGCUGACACCUGUAUCUGAGGUUUCUUCUAUGGAGCUGGUCACUCUUUCCCCCCCUCAGAUUUCGCCUUCUUCACAGCUCUCUGAGACAGCUUCAGACACCAGUGCCCCUGAAGUCCCAGACGCUGUGGGAUCAACCAAUGAGUCAGGCAUUCGUGCCGACACAUCGAGCACAAAUGGGGUGCCUGGUACAGAUGAUGACAAAGACCCCAAGAAGAGCAAAGCUCACCUCCAUUGUCCUGUUUGUAAAGUCACAGUAAACUCAAUCUCCCAACUGGAAGCACAUAACAGCGGUACAAAGCACAAACUGAUGCUGGAGGGUCACAGUGUUCUGCCACGACGCAGGGGCAAAGUGGUGGCAGCUCGUGCAGGCUGCAAGAGUAAGCGGCUGGGCAGCAAAGGCAGCGUUGGAGUUCCCAGCAAGAACUUCCAGUGUGAAGUGUGUGAGAUCUUUGUGAAUUCUGAGACCCAACUGAGUCAGCAGCACAUGAAUAGCAGAAGGCACAAGGAUAGGCUGGCCGGAAAACCGCCCAAACCCAAAUUUACCCCCCACAGCAAGAGCCAGCCAAGCUCCAGCUUAGCGAACGUGAGAUGGAGUGGCUAUGCAGGCGUGGCUGUGUCUGCCAUGAAGAAAGCAUUCAGCCAGUACAACCUCACCUCCCUCUCCUCGCAGACCAAACUGGCCUUGCAGAAGCAGCUGACCAAGAGUUUGACAACUGGCUUCCUGCCCAGCCCCCUCACCCCGCCAACUCUGUGCACAGUGGCAACUAACCCACUGGCGUUGCGCCACCCAGUGGGUACAACCACCUUCAUCCAGACCCCAUUCCUGGGCCCUGCACUGUUCCGGCCUGCUCCGGGGCCCCUGCGGGCCACACACACACCUAUCAUUUUCUCCCCCUACUAAAGACUUGACCCACUUCCCAUUUGAGCUCCACCCCUGUCCCUUUACCAAAUCCAAGGCCCUCCUUAAGUGUGACCCAUACAACAAAGGCCACACGCAAACUAUGCAGCCUGCCUGACUUAAAAUGGAAAGCGUGCACAACUUCAAACUCUCGAAAGGCCAUUAUGCCUAAGAGCUGUUCUUAAAAAAGGCCAAGAUCCCCCAUCAUGCCUUCUUUCUGCUCCUCUUAAAAUUACCCAAGGAGCAGGACAGGCCUCCAGACAGUGACUGGUGAACUGAGGCCGCUUUUAUAGCCAUUUCAUGGGUCAACGUGGUUUGAAUUAUGAAUAUUAUUGUGUAAUUUAUUAGAGAACAAAUAUAGACAAGUCUAGAUGUAUGUUUAGUGUGGUUGCCACAAAAUAAGGUCCCUUUACUUGAUGCUCUUAUAAAAGAUUUUUAACGUAUUGGUUUGGAGGUUUGAUGAAAGGUCAUCAUAGGUCAUUAAAGCAGCUGAUCCCAAUCCAGAUGGUUGCACGUGCCACUCUCAAUGAUCAGCGUCUUCAGCGAAGUCGCUUAAAGGAUCAACUGAGGUCAAAUGCUGAGGUUACGUUGCAGUUGGGAUACGGCAAUUGUUAAAGCAACUGUCUGGAGAAUUACCUCCACUUAACUUUGAGCUUUUAUGAAGGAUAAAAGUGACUGCUAUUUGUGGGUAGAGUGUGAAUCAAUAACUACAUACAGUAUACUCAUGUGUUAAAACCUCAUUAACAACAUUUUGCACCUCCAGCCCUCAACCAAAUACUGUUUUCCCAGCCCUUGACUCUUACGAAUAAAACACGUCUCUCUUUUUCUUUCUGAGUCACAGCCACAGUCAUAGCCCUCCAGAUUUCUUUCCGUUCCCGUAUCCCCAGGAUUAAGCAGUCAUUACAGUCCAGAAAAGGUCAACCUGUCAACUUGACUUUCUUUCAAUUUGCAAAUCUGUCUUCAGAAUGAUUUUUGCCCCAGUGCAUCAUUCACGCAAUGCAACUUGUACAUUAUGUUCUUGCCAAGCUGGCGGCAUGACAACAUUUCUGCUGCUAUGGAUGUCUUAUAUUGCAAAACGCCAUAGUUUCUUUCCCCUCGUGACUGCUGUUCUUCUUUUCCUCCACCCCGCUUUCGUCACCUCGCUGUUGCCCUUGAUUUUCUCUGGCGUUAUCUCAGCAUGAGAUGAUGAGCAGCAGGGAAAGCAACCCCCCUCCCCCUCCUCCCUCCCCCGGUCACAAGCACAACAUCGCACACAUAAUGAAAACACAAUGGAUAACUUGAAGACUUGAUGGGAUUUCAGAGCUUGAUAAAAAGUUUGGAUGACAGUAGGUGGGGAGGCUGCUCAACCAGUAUUUGAUUGACAUCUUCUUGCAGUGUCUGCACACACACGUGGGCGGGAACAAAGCACAGUGCCAUGGCAACCACAUUAAAAGCACCUUAAAACUAAUUUACCUAAAAAGCAAUGGAAAUUGUGUUUAUAUUAAGCUUUUUUUGUGUAUGUUCUAUGAUCCCAUGUCAAUUUCAGUGAUAAUUUUUUUGGGAAAAAAAAACAAUCAGGUGAGAGCGAUCACGUUAUGGUUUAUUAAGGACUAUGAUAAGUCUCACAUUUAAAGCAAUACAUUCAAUAUGUUUAUGUUUAUGAUGUGUUUCCAGUGUAUCAAUGGCUUUAUCUAUUCUCUACUGUAAACACCUGUAACGAUGUAUUAUGUAUUCCAACACAGCCAAGGGCCAACUCUGAUAUGUCAGCGAAGAGUCAUUUGAAAUAAUGGGUUGUCCCGGUGCUGCCCUUGAUGCUUGAUGCUCAUGGUCAGUCUCCACAUGUUGUGACUGUGGGCUGAGCCGUUCCAUUUAUAGCUGCUCUUGCGCUGCAGAGAGGGUGCUUCAGCGUCAUAUGACAUUGCUGUUUCACUCUUUAGUGGAGCAGAAGACCCUUUGUAUGACUUCCACUGAGCAAAACAUUGCCGUCAUAGUGAAGUGUUUUGGAUAAGUGUCACAAGUGCAACAUCAAAUGUCAUAUUGCUGUUUAUGCUAGUGUGCCGUCUCCCCCUCCCACCCUGAAUAUCUGUUGACAUCCACCCUUCCUUACGCCAAAAUGGACUCUUGACAAGAUCUCACGAGGACUCGGAGCGCACACACAAGUCAUCCUUCCCUCGGUGCUCAUACCAAAUCAUGUUCUCUUAAAUUACAGUAAUGGAGCAAAUCCUAUGCAUUUCCCAUUGUGCUACACGUGUAGUUGUGUGUGACACAGCAGUGCCAUCUGUCGUGAAAACCCUAUAACUGCCAUGUACUACUAGAGCUUGUGAUCCAAUGUACGUUUGUGUUGAAGGAUCCCCCAAGCCUUUUUUUGGACAGGCAAAGCCACCGGGUCUCCCUCGCCAUACUAAUAUGAUUCUCCCCAGUCGCACUACUCAGUGAACCAGCCAGCCUUUAAUCUUCACUGUAUGUUUGUUUGUUUCUCUCGCUCAGUGGGAACUCUGACCUAAAGAAGUGAAACAUUUUCUUAAUAUAAAGAAUCUAGAGAAGGCAAAUUAUAUGUAGAAAUCCUAGAGUAACUAUAGAGAUUUUACCAGAGUUGCUAUCGUUAUCUGUAUCAUAAAGAAUUGCUAUCAUAUAAGAGAGUAGAUUAUGUUACCGUAGGCUCAUACAGGGAAAGAACAAAUGCUUUGCUUUAUAUUUUGUUUUUUGUUUACAUGGUUUUUGCCGAAAUGUUUUUUUUUAAAGUACAAGAGAAUAUUUAAACAAAUUUUUUCAGUGUGUUUUUUUUCUCCUUGUUGACAAUGACUUAAUUAAUAAUGUAAUUUUAAGGCCUUUUCAGAUCCUAAUGUCACAUUAGCCAGGCCUUCUCAGGGGUGACAGGUUGAGCAACUGCUAACAUGACCAUCCAUUCAGGGUAUCCCUCCAAAGCUCUAGAGAGCAGGAAACACUGUACAAAUGGAUGGAUUGACAAAAAACAAAAUAAAAAAAUCUUACAGUGCUGUACAUUAGAGAGGAAGGGGUGGAUUUUGGAAAAUAAAGAUUUUAGAACUUUGUGUGUAUGUUUUUUAGUGUUUAUGGAAUAAUAUCUGUGUGUGUGUGUGUAUGCCUCUGUGUGUCUUGGAUAAAAAUGAAAAACAGAAGCAUCCCAGAAGGCAGAACUUUAAAUCAGACUGAUAUUUGAGCAAAAACAAUAUGUGUGUGGGUGGGCGAAGAAAAAAUGGCAGAAAACUCAGGAAGAUGGUUGCUAAUGAUUAAACAGUGACAACACAAAUGCUUAGAAUUCUGAAGAUCAAUAUUUCACUUACAGUUACAUUCCAUACAGUUGAAAGACGCUUCAGAUGUUAACAAAACACCACUCCUUUUAAACACUCUGCCAACUGAAAUAAAAGGUGCAGGUGCAGGUUUUCUGGCUUUUCAGAAAGUGUGCAACACCCUCACAGCAUCUGCUCAUGUGGUAUCCCACAGCUACCAGCUUCUAUCCAUUUCAGGAACAACUUCUUACAGCUAGACCGGUGACACGAAGUAUAGGUGGGAAAGCAAAUGGAAACAGUUUACAGCUACUGUGUCUGGGCACUGCUGCAUUUGUGGCACGCAGAGGAGCGAUAGAGUAAUAUACCUGAGUGGCUGAUAUGGUUUAGAGACAAACUAAUCUUCUUUAUCUUCAGAUGAGUCUCCACAGAUGGCCAAAAUAAUACAUUGUAUUACCUCCAGCAGUUGCGAAAGAUUUAAUGCCAAACAAUGAGUCCUCCUGGAUUGUGGAACAGCAGAUCACUGCUCUUCCACAUUUAAUAUGUAUUUGCCAAAAUGAUACACUGUUGCCUGUCUGUGCUGUUCUUAUUGAAGCCAGCUUUGAAAUACCGAAACCAAGCAAAGGAGCAUCUGGUCUGGACUCCUCGCGUGAGAGUCGAUAAUCGUGCAUUUAGCUCGGUUUGGUCUGUAUUCAUUUCUCAGUUUCUUUAAUGUUUCAUUUCAUGAGAAGCCCUUGAAUUGUAUAUUGAUGUUUCCCUUUAUGCCUCAAGCCAACAUGUCAGCCCUUCCUUUGUGGAAACAGCAGAUAAGCACAACAUUAAGCUGGCCACCUCCUGCCGUGCCAAUCAAAGAAAAACCAUUGGAGCCUGGCACUUACUAGAGCUCAGUGAUAUGGCAGAAUGAUGCGAUGACCUUGCUAAGCUGUGACACUGGUGUGUCUGCCAUAUUGAUCCAUUAUCUUAUCUGACUGCUCUCCAAGGAGAGAGUGACACUCUUGUCUCCUGCUGCGGUCAAACACUGCUCCUUCAGUCAAGAGUCAAGCUACACUGCUUCUGUGUGUGUGCAUGUGUGUGUGUGUUUAUGUAGUUUUGUUUGAUUUUUAAUCAUUUAUAAGAUGAACAUUUUCUGUAAGAUUGGCCUUAAUAUUCUUUCCAUGAACAAUUAUACACGUAUCUAUAUUAUUUUAAAUAAAAAUGAAGAUAAAUGUAAAAUUUCACAUAGUUUAACCUGGUUUUCUUGUUUUAUUUUGGAUUUUUUUUUUUUUUAAAUUUACAUCCUUCACAGCAAAUACCUUUUUUAGAUUUUAUUACUGCUACAACAAUAUAAUAUAGUUUUAAAGACAGGAAAUGUGACUUCACACACAUUUAAGAUGAGAAAUUUCACAAUCGUCACUAGUCAGAAUGUAACACAGAAAAACAGCAUAUUAAUAAAUAAUAAUAAAUAAUAUUAAUAAACAACAGAUAAUCCUGAUUAUAUUCAAAACACUGGGAUGCUGUUGUGCUGUAAAAUAGAAGCAUCAAUAGUGCCGUAUUGAUGCCGCUGUUUGUGGUACAAAAAAAAACAAAUGGAGACUAGAGUUUGUUAAGCAGUGGAGUAAAUCAAUUUGUUCUUCAGCUUCCACUUUACUUUAUUGAUGAUAAAUGGUCUUUCUAUUGACUGGCGAGACGUUUUGUCCGCUUGUUCCCAAGUGUUCGCCAGAUGUGUCAAACACUUCCAACAGACUCACUGAAUGCACAUAAACACAUCGUGGUUUAGGACAAAAUACGAAAAACAACCUAGAUCUUGUCUUUGCGAGGUUCAAAACGCCUUCAGCCUGACUUAUUAAGAUGAACUUACCCUGUGCUUUCAGGACAAAUGCUCUGUCUCACAAGCUCGUGGGCAGUCAGCACAACAACUAGCAUGCGACACGACUGAUGGCUUAAAAGCAGCUGAUAUUUACAGCUAGAAGAAGGUCAGUAGCUCAGAGAAUAAAGGUGGCACUGAUACAUAAACUGCUCGUGUUUACUGCUGUGUGGAAUUGUUUUGUUACCCUGGUGUUUCGUGAUGGUGAAAAUGAAAAGAGCAUCAGUGCGGCAGCUUCCAUAGUGGAAGUUUUUUUUUUGUUUUUCCUUUGAAAAGACGACGAAAUUUAAAAUGUUAUCUAUUUUAUGGGUCCCCGUGAGAGCUGGAUGCUCAACCGCAAUCAUGAAUCACACUGUCAUGCAUCAGUAAAAGAGUCAAUGGUAUUGCAUUGCCUUGUUGCCCUGUGACUGUGACUAGCAAGUAAAAAUCUUCCCUUUUGAGGUUAGUGUUGUCAAAAGGAGGAAGAACAUUCAUAAAUCAUCCAAGCAAGUGACAAAUCAAUCCUUCCACAGUGAAUGUUUUAGAAUUUGUGUUGUUAAAAUCUUUUUUUCUCUCCCUUUUUCUGUCUUUUAUGCGGGUCAAUACAGCCACUGAGCUAUUACACGGAGAGCCUUUGACAAGAAAACAUAUUGGCAUUUUACAGAAAUCUCUUCCUCGCUUUUUGAGCUCAGGGGCAUGAAAAUUAACACCAUUGUGUACUGUCAUCGCCCAAAUGUAUGGUACAAUCACUGAACCAUUUUGAGUGCAGUAACAUUACUGCACUGGAUCAAUUCUAGGCCAUUAAAAAGAACAUGAUUGAAAUGAGAUGGUACAUGAUAACACCCUCAGGGGGAAACUAAGGUGAGUGUAAUAUAAUUUCUUAAAUGUUCCACUUGAGGUUUUCUCAUUAUCUUGCAUUAACCUUUCCAGUCAACAUGCCUGUUUGGAGCCGGCAGAUCAUUUCCUUUGCUGAAAUUUCCAGACCCUGUCUAACUGACAUUGUUUCUGCUAAAACUUCUAAACAACAGAAGAAUGGAACAAAAUUAAUUCAUGUUCCAGUAACACUUUUUAUCUUUAACUUGUUUUAGCUGUAAAAUUGCAGAUCAAAAUCCACUGUAUGUUGGUUUUGGUGAAAUGUUAGGGCAAUGAACCAGUAGUCAUUAUUGUCCAUGCUGCCCAGCAUGGACACUAGUAAAUUAAAAUAUUGUUCCUGGAUGGGGGUCAGACUUAAUUGGACAACUGACCUACAAGCAGUUUCCUGACCUUCAUGACAAAUGAAAGAGACAUAAUGUUUUCAGUUGAGUCACAGUGUUGAAUUUUUAUUUUAUCAUUUUGAUUGUAAUUUUAAAAAUGAUGCCCAAAGAGAAAUCAGUGCAAUUAGGCUGGGAAAAAAAAGCUAUCAGAGAGGUGAAUGCACUGCCCGGCU